CAUUUAACGAACUCCACUGAGUUGCGACAAAGGCCUUUUCAAAUUUCAAAUAGUGGAGUACUUCCAUUCCCUCUCUCCGCCUCGGCUCCCUCUCUCUCUCUCCGCUGAUUUAUCCGUCAGUGUAAUGGUGGAAAAUCAAAGUGGCAACACUUAUGAAGAUGCUAGGAAGCAGAGGCUGAUAGAAAAUAAAAAGAGAUUUGAGGAUUUGGGAUUAGUGAAGUUGUCUAAAUGCCUCACAGAUGUAACCAAGUCAGUGAAACCCCAGAACAGGCAAGUUCGUUUGAAACAAACAGCGACUUUCUCAGCAGAACCAAGGCGCUCAUCACGUGCUCGAAAUCAAGUUUCAUAUUGUGAUGAUGUUGAUGCCGAGCUUCCUGCAGUUCGUAAGAGCUCAAAGUUUAAUUCUUCAUGGACAAGAUACCUUGCCAGACCAGCUGAAGAAGUUAAAGCCGCAUCAUAUGAGGAAAGAGCUCGAGCUUUUAAUUGUGCAGAUAAGAUCAGAAGCAACCUACAAACUGGCAAUCCAUCCUUCGUCAAAUCAAUGGUCCGAUCUCAUGUAUACAGUUGUUUCUGGUUGGGGCUUCCGAGUAAAUUUUGUGAAGAACACCUUCCCAAAGAGACAGUGGAUAUGGUGUUAGAGAACGAGGAAGGCUCCGAAUAUGGAGCCGUUUUCAUUGGCAAGAAAGCGGGGCUUAGCGGUGGAUGGAGAGCAUUUGCACUCGAUCAUAAACUGGACGAUGGCGAUGCUUUAGUCUUUGAAUUGAUUGAGCAAACAAGAUUCAAGGUUUACAUAGUUAGAGCAGUGGAGUGCCAAAAUGGAAAUGCUAGUGUCGAUGCAUCGGAUGCUGACGAAAAACCAAAGAAGAAGAGAAAGACGGAAGACAGCGACCAGACGGAGAAACUGGAAGUGGUCUCAGCAACAAGGAGAAGUUUGAGAAAGAAAGGCAAGUGAAUUUGGGAGAUUAUGAGGUUCUCAUUCAUAGUAUAUAAAUUAAUGGGAGCUUAAGAGAUUUGGUUGAGAUGAGCCAUUUUGUGAAUGUACUGUAUGUCACAGCUUUGAACAUCAUAUGUGUGUUCCCAGUUCGUUCUGCUUUCUUAAUAUAUUUUGUCAACAAAAUUUUACCA